ACGAACGCAUCAUUUGAACGAGCGACUCCUAAGGUAAAACGUGUAGAGGAAUAUCGAAGUUUGUUUGUGAAAUUGUGAAAGCAUUGUGAAGGAAUAUUUCAAAGUAAGAAGUGAAGACAUUGUGUCGUGCAAAAUGGCAAUCAUUCCGAUUUUCUAUCGCAACUGGUGGGACGAUGAGUUUGAUCGUCCGUUUCGAGCAAGUCGUUUGAUGGAUCCGCAGUUUGGAAGUGCAGCCAAUGACGAUGACCUGCUUACCGCAUUGGCCGCCGCAACAGGAAUUCUGCAGCACAGAGCUCAUCAACAACAUCAGCACCGUCAUCAUCCCUUGCAUCGUAUUCAUCAAAAUCAGCAACCGGGUCGCUACAACCGGCCCUGGCACAGCUCCUGCGUGGCCACUAAACGAGACAGCGGCUCGACGGUGAACGUCACAAACGACAAAUUCCAAAUCAACCUGGACGUGCAGCAGUUCUCGCCGGAGGAAAUCUCGGUGAAGUACGUGGACAAGAGCGUUGUGGUCGAGGGCAAGCAUGAGGAGAAACAGGAUGAGCAUGGCUACAUCUCGCGACACUUCGUACGGCGAUACAUGCUACCAAACGGCCAUAACGAAAACGAUAUCGUGUCCUCGCUUUCCUCCGACGGCAUCCUGACCAUCACUUGUCCUAAGAAGGAGAUCGAGAAGAAGGAGGAAAGAGCCAUUCCAAUCACGCACACCGGUCAGCCCAUGAAGAAGCUGGAGGGCGGACACUCUGCCAAAGAAAAUGGAAAAGCUAAGGCCGAAGGGGAGAAGAUGGAAUCUUAAGUCUGAUGAUCGAAUGUAAUUUAUUUUAAC